ACAAUAUACCCCAAAUUCGCAUAACAGCUUUUUUAAUCUUUUUUCCCAGAAAAAGAAGGUUCUCUUCCCUUUUGCAAAAGGGGAAAAUUGACCUUAAAUGUUGAAGUUAAACUCUCUCUCUAAAACUACCAUCUCGUUACUUUCUCUCUCCUCAUACUCAACACCAAAAACAACAACAGUUGUUUCCCGCUCUGCUAGGCCUUUCAUCAAACAGUUGCCCUACAUUAACAUUGUCAGCCGCUUUUCUUCCCCUUUCUGCUCAUCUUCAACCACAAGGUUAAAUUUGGAAUCACAGAAAGAAAUUGGAGAAACAGAGACAGAGAGAAGAAAUAUGAAGUAUGUUUUAGUCACUGGUGGUGUUGUUAGUGGUUUGGGUAAAGGUGUCACUGCUAGCAGCAUAGGUGUUGUGCUCAAAGCUUGUGGUCUUCGUGUCACUUCCAUUAAGAUUGAUCCUUACUUGAAUACCGAUGCCGGCACUAUGUCUCCUUUUGAGCAUGGAGAAGUAUUUGUACUCGAUGACGGGGGAGAGGUUGACUUAGACUUGGGUAACUAUGAGCGGUUCCUUGAUGUGACUCUGACAAGAGAUAACAACAUUACAACAGGGAAGAUAUAUCAGUCUGUUCUUGAAAGGGAGCGGAAAGGAGAUUACCUUGGAAAAACUGUACAGGUUGUUCCACACAUAACUAAUGCUAUUAAAGAAUGGAUUCAAAGAGUUGCAAGCAUCCCUGUUGAUGGAACAGAUGAUUCUGCUGAUGUUUGUGUUAUAGAGUUGGGAGGGACUGUAGGUGACAUUGAGUCGAUGCCAUUUAUUGAAGCGCUACGGCAAUUAUCUUUUACUGUUGGAAAAGAAAAUUUCUGCCUCAUUCAUGUCAGCCUGAUUCCUGUUCUGGGUGUUGUGGGUGAGCAGAAAACGAAGCCUACUCAACAUAGUGUGCGAGAACUGAGGGCAUUAGGCUUGACUCCUCAUCUGCUUGCAUGUCGAUCUGCACAGCCUUUGCUGGAAAAUACCAAGGAGAAGCUUUCACAAUUUUGCCAUGUUCCGGCAGAAAAUAUUCUUAAUGUUCACGAUGUUCCAAAUAUUUGGCACGUUCCACUUUUACUACAGAAUCAAAAGGCCCACUUGGCUAUAAUGAGACAGCUAUGUUUGCUCAAUGUUGCUGCACCUCCCAACUUGGAAGAGUGGACAAACCGAGCGGAGACGUUUGAUAACCUUAACGACUCUGUUAGGAUUGCUAUGGUUGGAAAGUAUGUUGGUUUAACAGAUUCUUAUCUGUCCGUGGUUAAGGCCCUUCUACAUGCCUGCAUUGCUUGUUCCAAAAAGCCAACAAUUGAUUGGAUUGCAGCUUCAGACCUUGAAGAUGAAUGUGCCAAAUCGACACCAGAUGCUCAUGCUUCUGCAUGGCAGACUCUAAAGAAUGCUUCAUGUGUGCUGGUCCCGGGUGGAUUUGGUGAUCGUGGAGUCGGAGGAAUGAUAUUAGCUGCAAAAUAUGCCAGAGAGAAUAAUGUCCCAUAUUUGGGAAUCUGUUUGGGCAUGCAAAUAUCUGUAAUAGAAUUUGCCAGAUCUGUUUUAGGGUGGGAAAAUGCUAAUAGUGAAGAGUUUGAUGAGAAAGCUCCAAAUCUCGUGAUCAAAUUUAUGCCAGAGGGAUCCAGAACACAUAUGGGAAACACAAUGAGAUUAGGUUCUCGGAGAACAUUGUUUCAGACCCCUCAUUGUGUGACUUCUAAGUUGUACCGUAAUUCAAGUUUUGUGGAUGAACGUCAUCGUCACAGAUACGAGGUUAACCCAAACCUAGUAAAUGCUUUAGAAGAAGGUGGUCUUAAAUUUGUCGGAAGGGAUGAAACUGGAGAAAGAAUGGAGAUCUUGGAAUUGCCUGGUCAUCCGUAUUAUGUUGGGGUCCAAUUUCAUCCUGAAUUCAAAUCAAGGCCCGGGAGAGCUUCUGCUCCAUUCUUAGGUCUUAUUUUGGCAGCAACCGAACAACUGGAAGAUUAUCUAAAAACAGACCAAAACGGUAGCUAGAGUGCAGAUGUAAACGAGUCUCUCUUUUACGUCUAGUUCUUAUAGUGGGAAAGAUAGACAAUAGCGUUAGCGUAGUGGUUGCUGGCUUGCUGCGUGAUUUUUGGCCGGCCUACAUUAAGAGGUGCAUUCGUAGCUCUUUGCUGCACUCGUUUAUUUCUUUUCCGUGCUCUAUAGGAAGUUUUGGAUAGGGAAAAAAUAUUGGAUUGGUUAUAGACUUAUAGUAAGCUCUGGAAUAACCACUCCAUUGGGCUCCAGAAAAAAUUUCUACAUUGUUUUACAGUAGUAUUUCGUUUUGAAUUCUGCUUUUCAGAGGAUUUAUUUCAAUUAAAAUUCCUUUUUGCAUAAUCAGAUUUCUUCCCAGAUUUUACUCUGUUGGAACUUGGAACUGAAUGUAAUGUGAUCUCUAUUUUCAUUAAUAAAAUUUACUGCAAAACUCUUUGAAGGGAA